AGAAGCAUUUUUCAAUAAAUCAAAUUUUCGAAGGUAAACAAAAGUCGUAUUCGUUAUUUCAACCAUUUUUAAAAUAUAGUUUAUUUUAUCAAAUUGUUCGGAAUAAAGCGAAUAAACGCUUGGAAUACAAAUGUAUUAACAGUGCACACACAAAAUUAUGUCAAUAGCAAAAUUAUUUGUAAAAGUUUUCGGUGAGGAUAUUUUCGAACAGAUUAGUACGGUUGAGAAACAACAGCCAGAGGAUGAUGACGAUGAGGCUGGUUGCUCAGCUUCUCAAGAUACUCCAAAGCCACCUAAACUGGAUGAGAUGAAACUACCUGAGCAAAUGGUCCUUGUAAGGAAUUGGCUAAACGAACGUCUCAAUGUCAUAGAAUUAAAUAGUGUACAUGCUAUAAAAACGCAGCGCGUGGACAUGGUCUCAAGGCUUGGUCCAGAACAGACAAUUUGUGAUAUUGAUUUUACAUCGACAGUGCGGAUAUCAGCCGAUAGGCUAUCGCUUCGUUCUCAGGGUAGUUUCAAUACUAUUAAAGCAAAUGUUUGCGUUUAUGGUGGGCGCUGGAUGUAUGAGGUUCUUCUUCAUAGCAAAGGUGUAAUGCAAAUCGGUUGGUGCUCCAACAAAUGCACUUUUAAUGAAAACAGCGGCGUUGGUGAUACGAAAUGGAGCUAUGGCUACGAUGGUAGCAAGCAACAGAUAUGGCAUAUUUCAACAUCAAAAUAUGGCGAUAAAUGGCAAAUUGGCGAUAUAAUUGGUGUCAUCAUCGAUGUUGAAACUGAAAAAAUUGAAUAUUUUCGCAAUGGCCAUACAAUGGGUGUUGCUUUCACCAAACUAGAACGCGGUCCUGGUAUAUCAUUUUUUCCUGCCGUUUCACUUGGUUAUAAUCAAGGUGUACAAGUAAAUUUCGGCAAUAUGCCAUUUAAAUAUCCCGUUGAAGGUUAUUUGCCAAUACAACCGAAGCCUAUUGUACGCCUACAAAAAGCUGAUCUCUUACUUGGUUAUUUAGUAAAUUUGGCGUCUGUGUUAGCACACAAUCCGACGUGCAAGAAAAAGGAUCACAUUGAAGGUAAAAUAUCCACUAAGAAAACAGUUUAUGUUGUGUUUACAACACUGCUGAUUGAGAAGCUUACACAUGUGCUGUUCGAUCCAUACGUCAUCGAGGACAAAUUGCUGCCGCAUAUUAUAAAUUUGUGUACCACUAUAAAUGCAACCGAUAAGGAUCCGGCUAUAAUACCGGGUACACCUGAAAGCACGUUGGGUGCGCUGCUAUCUAUAUUGUGGAAUUAUUUGGAAAAUGAGGAAGUGAAAUAUGUUAUGCGUAAAUUGGUGAAUGCAUUGUUGUCUACAUACACACACACACAUACCGCGCUGGAUUAUGGAAAGCAAAAGAAUGCCAUCACUAUACUCACAUGCAUAUGUACGCAUACACAAACAAGAAAAACAUAUCUGGAGUACAAAUUUUUCAAAAAACAUUGUUUGGCUUUACUAAUGUAUAUACGUCCACCUGAAUAUAAAUAUAUGCAGCAACUAGUGCCCGAUCCGAUUGUUUGGACAGAGGGUGUUGGCGGUCCGAAGCAAAAAUAUCUGGCGCAAGUUGAGAAAAUAGCUAAAGCCACCGAAAGCCUUUAUAAUGCGCAGAAAAAUCUCCUAAUACUAUUACUCACUAACACGGACGGUGACGAGUUGGCGCCGUCAAGUCGAAAAAUAUUUAUAUCCAAAUUGCGUCGUUACGUUAUGGACCUUAGUAUGGAGCAGCGACCUUUCCAUUCGUUCUUCCUUAUGCAAUCUAGCAUAAUGCAUCCGAUGGAUUCCACAGUGGCGUUAUCAUUUAUUUGCAUACUCAUCGAUGCCACGAAGUUGUUGUUUGAGCGUGAAUUGCCUGCCGCAACGGUUGAGGUCAGGCCGGAGUACUUUUUCGAUGGUACAUUUGAAUAUCAGCAUUUCGAUCGAGUGGGUGGUGUGCUGUCGCACUUACGUAAGGUGCAUCGCAAUGAUAUAUCGACACAUUUGGGUGCCGAACGCGCGCAUGAGCUAUUAGAAGAGGAUCGUACCAUGAUGCGUGUGGGCGAACUAGUUGAUCCAAGUAUGUUUCUUACGACCACAAAUCUUAACAAUAUUGCCAUAGUAGGCGCGCAGGGCGGUCCUGCUGCCACCUUUACACAUUUCUUCAAUCCGCGUUUGAAUCCUGUGCCCGAUCCAUCGCCUGGUAAUAGCAAUACGGAGAGUUCGCUCUCGGAAAUGUUCGAUAUCUGCGUACUCUACUACUAUUCGGUCGGACAUAAGUAUAUUGUUAAGAUAUCGUCGGUGCGGGAUGAAAUUGCGGCAUUAAACGAGGUACUGCGCGAAACCAAAUUCUAUCGUGAGGAUGUGGAGCGCAAAUUGAAAGUGUUGGAAGAUCAUGCUAGUGUUUGUAUGAACGAAAAUCAUUCCAGUAUAGUUUCAGAUCUAAAGCAGAAAUUUAGUCAACGUGAAAAUGUGUUCGCGAAACGUUCCAUUGAACUGGCGCGCAAGCAGACUUGGUAUCGUGCGGUUGCGCUGGGCAAACAACGCCGCAUGACCAUUGUGUGGUUACUGGAAAAAACGCUGCAUACAUUAAAUGCCUCCUCACAACUUGGUCCCUUGUUCUCAUUUGUACCUGAAGUGUAUGUCAAUAUACUGCCAAUUUUAUUAGAUACUGUAAUGGAUUUUAGUCAUCAUGAUCUCUAUGUGCAGUUUGAGAUAACUGACGCCGAGUGUGCCGUCAACUUGUCUGCUGAAUUCCUCGGCUUACAUUCUGCUGAUCCACGCAUCAUUUUGGCCUCAUGUAAGGAUUCGCUGCUGCAGGCGCUCGGUACAUUAACUUGUCAUAAAGCUGGGGUGCGCGCUUUGGAGCGUGCGUCAAAGAAAAGUCAAGUGGCGCUGGUGAAAUCUCUCCUGCGGCCAUAUGAAAAUCGCGCCUGGGGUCAAAGUAAUUGGCUGCUAUUGCGUUUUUGGCUUGGCGAUGGCUAUGCAUACCGCGAUUCGCGUCAACCAAGCAUAUGGCAGGGUGGUAAUCAACCCAUACAAAUGGGAUUGUGUCGCAGUCGUGCCAAAAACGAAACGCACACCGGUCUGUUGCAUCAUAUUGCGCCGGCGAAUCCAUCGCAUCACUUUCAAAAGUUAAUCGGUCAAAAACUGUCGGAAGACGAGCCAUUCGCAACGGCUUUCCUCAAUUCGGUGCUCAGCCAGCUGAAUUGGGCAUUUUCGGAGUUUAUUUUGCUGUUGCAGGAGAUACAGAAUACCGCACAUCGCCAGGAGAAUGCCGUCUUCGAGCCGAAACAGUUGAAAAUAUGUUCUAUGUGUUUUGAAUUGACGGUCUCUUUGAUGCGUUGCUUGGAAAUGAUCAUUACAGUGGCGCCAGACAUUUUCCAAGAACCAUCGCGCUCCAACAGCGAUUUGAUAUUGAAUCGUGUCUGUCAAUUGAUUAGUCAGGUGUUGUCACGCGUCACAGUGCCACCGGGUUGCUUUCAAUUCAUCGUGGAUAUGUGCUCGUCAGACUUGAAUUCGGUAACACAUUUUCCCAUUAUUACCGCUGCGCUGGGCAUCUUAUUGGCAUUGCUGCGCUCCGAACUCGACACGGAUCGCAAUCCACAGAAGGUGAGCAAAAACCUAUAUAGUUGCUUUGUAACACUAAACAUUUGUCAUUGCCUGCAGGUAACGCGCAUCACACGCGCCCUACUCACCGACCCUAGCUUUCAAUUUGCUAAUUUGGAGUUCGCUUUGGGCGAAAUUAAAACGCCCAUAUUGCAACAGACCGAAAUACCACGCGGAAAUUUUGAUCCACAAACGCGCGCGCAUAUCGACCCGCUAACCAACGAUGUGCGUGUACCGGUGCCAUCGACCUCAUCGAAAAGAAUACGCGCCGAUCCGCCGAUCAUUAAAUUUGCACUCUCUGAUUAUCCCACACAUGUCACGCCGGCUGAAAUCGAAGAAGUACGUCGUCUCAUCGAAAUGUUACGCUUGAAACAAUCACUACUCUCAGAUAUCACAUUGCCUUCGGAGGAUUCGCUUUGUCCGAUUUGUUGUGCCAAACCGAUAACGGUGAUUUUCACGCCUUGCAAACAUCAAUCGUGCAGUAAUUGCAUUAUGCAACAUCUCAUGAAUUCCAAGGUGUGCUUCUAUUGCAAGACCCUUAUACAAACUAUCGAAACCAAUGAGGGCACAGUGAUUUACAACAACAACGAAUAUACAUCAGCGCCAACAUUCUUUGAGAUUUAGUAAAGUAAAGCAAAGCUGAGCGGAGUGUUAAGCACUGUAUGAUCACCCACCUGAUUCUAGUCAAAUAUUUGUGACAACUUCAGUAAACUUAAUUACAAUUAAAACUGCCUGAAAUUAUAUUUAUAAAAAAACAUAGUUUACCAAAGUUACAAAUUUUUACAAAAUGGAAAAAAGAGAUGCAUUUGUUUCAGCUUUAAAUGUUAUUGUGAUACGCUUUAUUCAUCGAAUUAACUCAUUUACACUCGCGUUAAAAAUU